UCAAACAUGGCGUGGAGGAGCUGCUCCGACCUGCUCAGGCUGACCGGAGAGGCCGCUCUGCGAGGCUCGACGAGGGGCGGCAGCUUCCAGCAGAGAUGUGGCUUCAGAAGAGCCGGCAGGAAACCAGAAUCCAAGAAGGUGGAGGAGGAGCCAGGCCCCCCCCGUGUAGAGCCGUCUGAGGCUGCGGUCCCUCGCCGGACGCACACCCCCCUCCUGGAACAACAGGCCCCGCCCCCCUCCCCCCGUGCCUUCGGUCAACUCAUCAGACCGCUGGUCUUCACCGUGGGGUUCACAGGCUGCUCCUUCGGCUCGGCGGCGAUCUGGCAGUACGAGUCCGUCAAGUUCAGAGUCCAGAGCUUCUUCGAUGAGAUCCGAGCUGAUUGGCUGGAGAAGAUGAAGCCUCAGAAGAGAGGAGACGUCCGCAAAGAGAUCAACCAAUGGUGGAACAGCUUGAGUGAAGGUCAGAGGACGGUCACAGGGAUCAUUGCUGCUAACGCCAUCGUGUUCUGCUGCUGGAAAGUCCCGUCCCUGCAGCGCGUCAUGAUCAAAUACUUCACCUCCAACCCGGCCUCCAAGACGCGGUGCUCUCCGAUGCUUCUCUCCACAUUCAGUCACUUCUCUUUCUUCCACAUGGCUGCGAACAUGUACGUCCUGUGGAGCUUCUCCACCAGUGCCGUCUCCAUGCUGGGCCGGGAGCAGUUCCUCGCCGUCUACAUGUCUGCAGGUGUUUUCUCUACGCUGGUCAGCUACGUGGGUAAGAUCGCCACUGGGAGGUUCGGCCCGUCGCUGGGAGCGUCUGGAGCCAUCAUGACCGUCCUGGCGGCCGUUUGCACCAAAAUGCCAGAAGCUAAACUCGCCAUCAUCUUCCUCCCCAUGUUCACGUUCACAGCCGCCAACGCACUCAAGGCCAUCGUUGCCAUGGAUACGGCGGGGGUGGUGCUGGGGUGGAGGUUCUUCGACCACGCUGCUCAUUUAGGAGGAGCCAUAUUUGGAAUCUGGUACAUCCUGUCUGGUCAUGAAUUGAUCUGGAAGAAUCGGGAACCUUUUGUCAAACUUUGGCACGACCUGAGAACUGGAGGAGGAGGAGGAGGAAGAGGAGGAGACGGAGGAGGAAGAGGAGGAGACGGAGGAGGUGCCGUGUGACACGACGAGGAAGAAUAUAAAUGUAAAGUUGUAUAAAAUGUACAGAAGAAGAGCUGCUUCCUGCUCCGACCAGCUUCCCAGGACCCGUGGUGAUGUCACGCAAACAAAAUCUGGAUUUAAAUAACAACUCCAUAUUUGUAUGAAACAUGGAUUCAGAUGUGAGUUGUUUUGUUUUCUCAUAGAGAAAGAAACUAUGGGUCACAGCUCAGACUGAUGAACUAAUAUCAAAGUGAAAGAUCAGCCGCUCGUCUGCAGAUCUCUGUCGAUCUCACUGGAAACAAUCGAUGACUCACUUCAUGUUUCUAAGUUGUCGAUCAGUCGGUGACUUCAGGUUUGGAUCUUUUGUGUUCACAUAUGUAAAAAUAAAAUUUAAAUAAAACAGUGGAGCCUG